AGGCCUUGCCUCCACCGUAGCAGCUGCACGCACGAUGCAGAGUAUAAAGUGUGUGGUGGUGGGCGAUGGGGCCGUGGGCAAGACGUGCCUGCUCAUCUGCUACACCACCAAUGCCUUCCCCAAGGAGUACAUCCCCACGGUGUUCGACAACUACAGCGCCCAGAGCGCGGUGGAUGGGCGCACCGUGAACCUGAACCUGUGGGACACAGCGGGCCAGGAGGAGUACGACCGGCUGCGCACGCUCUCCUACCCUCAGACCAACGUCUUUGUCAUCUGUUUCUCCAUCGCCAGUCCGCCCUCCUACGAGAACGUGCGGCACAAGUGGCAUCCGGAGGUGUGCCACCACUGCCCCGACGUGCCCAUCCUCCUGGUGGGCACCAAGAAGGACCUGAGAGCCCAGCCUGACACCCUACGGCGCCUUAAGGAGCAGGGCCAGGCGCCCAUCACACCGCAGCAGGGCCAGGCCCUGGCCAAGCAGAUCCAUGCUGUGCGCUACCUCGAGUGCUCGGCCCUGCAGCAGGACGGCGUCAAGGAAGUAUUUGCUGAGGCUGUCCGGGCUGUGCUCAACCCCACGCCCAUCAAGCGUGGGCGGUCCUGUGUCCUCUUGUGACCCUGGCACUCGGCUUGGAGGCUGCCCCUGCCCCCCCACCAGUUGUGCCUUGGCGCCUUGUCUGCCCCCAGCUGUGCCUUAAGGACUAAUUCUGGCACCCCUUGCCAGGGGGCUCCCUGAAGGCCCUUUUCUCUGAAUGCCUGUUUCUCCUUAAUGCGGCCCACAGGGAAAGGGGCUUUGGGCCCUACCCCACUCUGCUUGGGAACAGCAGGUAUUCCCGAGAGCUCACCCAGGCCAAGGUUGGACCCCUCCGCAAGAAGCCAACCCAAGUGCCCUGCCCCCAUCUCCCCUACUGACCAGUUGAUCCAGCUUUCCACACAGAUGUUGCUGCCUAUUGUGGUGCCUUCUCUCAGGUUAGGAGCUCUCGGCUGUCCCUAACCUCUCCCUCGCUGCUCUUUGAAUUGCUUCCCCCUCAAGAUGCUCUCUCCCAUUCCCAAAGGAGCCACAGAAUCCUGAGAAGAUGAAUGUGCCCUAACCUACCCCCAUGUGCCCAGGCCUUAUGCAUCUGCUGACUGACUCAGCCCCCCCUUCCCCAGGCUCCUGGGGGCCUUGCCUACCCCCAUCAGCAUCAAUAAAACCUGUCUCCAGUG